UGCACCAUGUCUGUCUUUAUUAUUUGAACAAAUUAUUUAUUUGAGGGAAGACUGCUGUUUUUACAUUUGAGCUGAGUUUGAAAUGCAGUCUAAACCUCCCCUGCUGUAAUUAGUGAGAAGUAGUCAUUUGGGAAGCUUUUCUUUUCACUGAUGGCUCUACUCAUAAUCACCAGCAUGGUGUUGUGUGUGCGACCAGGAGGAGCUUCAAGUCUUUCUAAGGGGAGGAGAGAGGGUGAUAUCUCCACACAGCAUCACAGCGAUGUGGACAUCCGCUGAGGAGGGCUGCUUUUCACAGCUGCAGAUGUUUUUGACAAAAAGCAUGGGGCAGAUAGAGGCUUCCAGCUCGGCUCCGUUUGUCUUUGAUCGCUGACUAACAGCCAGAUCCAGUGAUAGCUGAAAGAAUGUUACAAGUCUUUCCAGAGCAGAGAGGUUUGAGCACUUCCUUAUAACUCGAGCGGACCUUUGUGGAGAGGAACUGUAAAGGACUGAGUAGACCACAAGUUGGCUGUUAUCCUGCACCUUAUGUUCUGGGACUGGAAUUAAACAAACAUGGAGUCAAACAGCUGCACCACAGCGAAAGUGGAGGACUGUGUUAACGAAAAGGCCAUGCAGACCCCACUGGCCGUGCUCUACUCUCUAAUCUUCGUCGUGGGCCUGGUUGGGAAUAUUUGGGCUCUCUGGGUUUUCUUUUGCGUCCACUCCAAGAAAAACUCAGUGCACGUGUUCCUUUUAAACGUCGCCUGCGCAGAUCUGUUGCUGAUCUUUUGCCUGCCGUUCAGGAUCUUCUAUCACAGCAACGCCAACACCUGGACGCUGGGUCCUAUGUUGUGCAGUUUAGUGGGCAGCCUGUUCUACAUGAACAUGUACACCAGCAUCAUUCUGCUGGGGCUGAUCAGCGUGGAUCGUUACUUGAAGAUGCACGGGGGAGCCAGGAGGCGCAGGCUGCUGUCUGCAAAGUGGAGCUUCUUCCUUUGUGCUGUGGUCUGGACUGUGGCGUUCAUGCUUUUUUUGCCAUACAUGAUCAAUCACCCAAAGUCAGGCAGAUGUUUCCACUACAAAGACCUGAGUAAAGAAAAGUGGAAGGCCUACAUCAACAUCUGUGGGCUGCUCACCUUCUGGUUUGUGUUCAUCUCUCUAAUGGUGUCCUACGUAAAGAUUGCCCUGAAACUUCUAAGAAGAUCUCAAGAGAAUCCAGACCUCCCCAAUUCACACAGUUUUUUCCAGAAUGCCCGGAAGUCCUUCUUCAUCUUCUUCGUCUUCACCAUCUGCUUCUUGCCCUACCACAUAGUUAGGCCUUUCUACAUAGCAACGCAGAUCCAACCAACGUCCCUUUUCUGGAGGGACGUGGCGAACAAAACCAACGAGCUGACUUUGGUCCUCAGUGCCCUGAACAGCUGCCUGGACCCCAUCAUGUACUACCUGCUGUCCUCCUCGGUGAGGAAGGAGGUGCUGGACUUGGUGAGCAGAGCCUUUUGUCUGCCACGUGUUCCUGAAGCCUGUGCAACCAGCAAUGGUACUGAUAUGGACGGUAGGAGGACCACAUCAAACCAAACGACGUCAGUGACUGUAGAUGUCAAUGAAAUGCUCUCUAAGUGAAGACAGCCUGAGUAGUGAAGAUUGUGGCCAUGUGAUGGUAAAGCGUGUAUUUGACACCUUCUGAUUUAUCUAGGGCGGGGUUGAUAAAAUCGAUAUGAAUCAAUCUAAGCUUGAUAGAUCAAUAAUCGAUCUAUAAAAGUAGAGCUCAAUCUAAUUCACGUGUCCAAGUCAAUUAUAUUCAGCCCUCCAGAUCAUUUUAUAUUAUUAUUAACAGUCUUAUAUAUAAUUGAUAUAAUUUAUGAAAAGCAAAAUCUUUUGGGAUAUUUAUAAGUUUCAUUUUUUAUAUAAAAUGGCAUACAAGUAAAGAUUUAU